AUGUCCGAUUACGCGAAACUGAAGAAAUUGGAUGAGGAAUCAUUGCAAAAACUCAAAGAAGGCGAAGGAAAGAAGACGUUUGGUCGAAAAUCGCCAAAUUUUCCUGUGACUCUAGAUAAAAAGGAGAAAGGAAUGUACAGUAGUAAAGAAGUUAUCCAACGCAAAUCACCGUGCGGCAAGUGUGGAUGUGACAACGAAACCAUUGUCCUGAAACAUUCGUAUGCAAAUAUCCGUAUAACAAGUCCGGAUGUGUCAUCCAUUUGCCCGUGUGACUCAAACUGUCUACCAGAUGAAGAAAAACUACAAAAUAACAUAAAAGUUAUUGUGGAGAAUGCCCAAGUGACUCCAUUUUCUAAUAUUCUAAGCAUAGAAGAGAUCCAUGCAGUUGAAGAA